GGUACACGCAAGUUGACAUCAUCCUGCGGUGGCGUCUCGAUGAUGUCACUGAAAAAGCCACGCCUCUCCAGAGCGCAGCAACCGGAAAAUAGCCAUUGACUGAGGAAUGCGGCGACGUUGAGAUUGAUUAAUUUCAAGUCAGCAAAUCAUGGAUGGUUUCAGGCAGGAGGAUGUGGAGCUGUACUAUGAAAUGGGAGAGGAGUUAGGAAGUGGGCAGUUUGCUAUUGUGCGUAAAUGUAUAGAAAAGAGCUCCGGGACAGAAUAUGCCGCCAAGUUUAUCAAGAAGAGAAGGCUGUCAUCCAGCCGACGAGGUGUGAGCCGAGAGGAGAUCGAGCGAGAGGUGAACAUCCUUCGAGAGAUCCAGCACAGCAACAUCAUCACCCUCCAUGACAUCUUUGAGAACAAAACCGACGUGAUCCUGAUCCUGGAGCUGGUGUCUGGAGGGGAGCUAUUUGACUUCCUGGCUGAGAAGGAGUCACUGACUGAGGAGGAGGCCACACAGUUCCUCAAGCAGAUCCUGGAUGGAGUUCACUACCUCCACUCGAAACGCAUUGCACACUUUGACUUGAAGCCUGAGAACAUAAUGCUGCUGGACAAAAAUGUGCCGAACCCCAGAAUCAAGCUGAUCGAUUUUGGAAUUGCUCAUCAGAUUAAGGAUGGAAAUGAAUUUAAAAACAUCUUUGGAACUCCUGAGUUUGUUGCACCAGAAAUUGUGAACUAUGAGCCUCUUGGCCUGGAGGCAGAUAUGUGGAGCAUUGGAGUUAUCACAUAUAUACUCUUGAGUGGUGCUUCUCCGUUUCUUGGCGAGACCAAACAAGAAACACUUACCAACAUUUCAGGUGUCAACUAUGACUUUGAUGAAGAGUACUUCAGCAACACAAGUGAGCUCGCCAAGGAUUUCAUUCGCCGACUGCUGGUCAAGGAUCCUAAGAAGAGAAUGACAAUAGAGGACAGUCUCCAGCACCCCUGGAUCAAGGUGAUCAAGAGGCGUAACGUCCGACCUGAGGAGAGCGAGCGCAAGACAGAGCGCAGGCGUCUGAAGACCACCCGACUGAAGGAGUACACCAUCAAAUCCCACUCCAGCAUGCCUCCCAACAACACCUACAUCAACUUCGAGCGCUUCUCGCAGGUCAUGGAGGAGAUCGCAGUGGCCCAGGAGGGACUUCGAGAACUGGAGAAGAACCAGCGCUCCUGCGCUGAGGACGUGGCCGCCCUGCUCUCCAUCUAUGAGGAGAAAGAAAGCUGGUACAAAGAGGAGAACGAAAGCAUCGCUGCAGAUCUCAAUCAGAUCAAACAGGAGCUGCAGAAAGCACAAGCCCUGCGCAGACAGAGCCAAGAAGAGGCCCGUGCCACCAUGCUGUCGGCCAAUGCCCUCAAACGCAAGUUUGGCCGGUUGGAGAACCGCUAUGAAGUGCUCGCUGAGCAGAUGGUCUCUGAGGUGCGCUGGGUUGAGGAGCUGGUGCGCUCGAUUUCAGCUGAAAAUGACACUCACAGCACCAGCAUGGCUUGAGCUGCUCUGUUUGCUUUCUGAACGCAGUGACUGUCUAAUAUCUUCGCUUGGUAUGUGCAGGGCAUAUUUACAAUAUUAAACUUGACAAUAAGCUUCAUGUAAGCCUGUAGAGUUCAUGUUACUUCUAGAACAAAAGCAAUGCAAAAUGGUGUUUUUUAAAAAUCCUGAGCGAGUGAGAGUGUGCAUGUGUUUCGCCUGAGCAUUGCAGUAUCCUUAUGUGAUGCCAGUCUGUUACAGCUGAAGCAAGCAUUUAGUAUUUUUAAUCACCACCUCAAAAAUAUACAUGCUGGAUCAUUAGAUAAAAACAAGUUUAUUUACAACUCUAUUACAGAACUCCAAGAAAAGCAUAUUAAUGUACGUUGUGAAUAAUGCACUACACAGUCCUCUAUGAGGAAUUAAAGAAUCUUGAGAUGACAGUUGCUUUUGUUGCUCUGCAUGUCCGCUUUUCCUAUGCAAAUCAAAUUAUAUAAUUUUAUAAGGAAACAACUAAUACACUUAUGAUAGUCCCAAAUGCUGUCUUGAAUGAUCUGUACAAAUAUUGAAUAUUUAGUAAGCUGCUUCUGUAUGUAUGAAAAUUAAAAUUUAAAGGGAUAGUUUACCUAAAAACAAAAGUUUGGCUUUCACUCAAUCUCAUAACAAUCUAAAUCUUAUUGUAGACUCAUUUGUGGAAAGCAAACUAAGAUAUUUAUAGUAUAGUAAAACAUUUGUGUUCCACUGAAAAAGAAAGUUCUGAUGUUUGGAACAACAUGAGGUUGAGUAAAUGAUAGCAUUUAAUUUUUUGGGUGAACUAUUGCUACUUUUGUUCAAAGCACACACACCAAACAUUCCUUCUUUUUAAUUCUUUUUUUUUUUUUUUUAAAGACAUUCCAUAUGCGAGUGAGAAUCAGUUUCUGGAAAUGGUUGUGCUCAUUUGUAGUUAAGUCAUAGCAAUAUUCAUAUGUUUGCUCACAGUACUGUACCUGUUGUUAUGUUGUUUUAUUUACAAGUUUAUAUAUAUAUCUAUCUAUCAGAGUCCAUUCAAAUAAAAGAGUUGAAGAAGAA